AUGGCCCCCAAGAAGCCCCCUCCGCCCCCUCCACCACCGCCUCCCCCCGAAGAAUUAAUCCACGUGCCUAAAUUCAAAGCGAUCCCUCCAGAGGUGAAAUGGCGAGUGAUUCGACUGUUUGGGAUCUUCUGUUUCUGCGUCUUUGUCGUAUCAACGGUUCGCUAUAUUAAGUUGCUUCAAGCACCACCCAGCCCUUACAUACCACCCAUGCAAACCUUGAGGAGGACCUAUGCCAGUGCACUGAGAAAACCAGCCGUCAGUGCUAUCAGUGAUCUGGCGACCGCCGAAGAGGUGAUUCAGCUGCCAAACUACCAGGAAGAAUCGCAAAAGGCUUACGCAGAGAAGAAAAUCAAGUACCAAUCCAUCUAUAAGAAAGGCACGGUGAAGUCCGCUACUCACUGGACCCUGUUUGGGAAGAACCUCUACUACAUCUCGAUCGGUAGGAAGACCUGGUACGACGCUCAGAACUUCUGCCUCUCCAGAGAUUCCCACAUGGUCUCCAUCUUAAAUGACGAAGAACAGAAGUUCAUCACUUCGCAGUUCAAUGAUUCUGUCUGGAUUGGGCUGAGCAGUGAAAAUGAGGAAGGCACCUGGCAAUGGUCGGAUGGAUCCAGAUUAAAGCUACAGUUCUGGGAUGCUGGUAGUCCUACUAUCCUGAAGAAGAAUGGAGAAGUGGAGCGAGAUUGUGCUUUCAUGAACCCAUCUGCUGGCAUAUUGAACUGGAGGGAUGACAAUUGCCACGCGCUUAAACAGUGGGCUUGUAAGGAGAUCAUAGUCAUGGAAGAUAUAGAAUAUUUAAGCCAACCCUAAUUCUU